UCAGCCGCAGGAGCAGCCGGCGGCUCUUCCCCGCUUCGCCGAGAAGACACGAAGUGCGGCCCGGAGGACGCGCGGGUACUCACGAAAGGCAGCUGGCACCUCUGCACCGACCCGAACUGGGAGAAGUACUCCUUCAGCUCCUCUGUGGGAAAACGCACCAGGUUACCCGGGCCCGGCGCGUCCGCGCAGCCGCGCCGCCCUGGCCCGACCCCGGCCUAUGCCGGCGCACGCGGCGAGGCCGCCCAACCCCGCCAGCCCCAGCAGCGGCGAGAUAUGGGAGGGGGGGCGCAGACUCACUGCUCGACACCGUCCAGGGAAUCUCAGCCACGAAGAUGUCGAAGAGCCGCCGGGAGCGGCGCCCGACCGUCCGCACCGCGCUGGCCGCCGCCAUGUCGGGACUGCGGUGAGAGGGAGGGACGGAGAGAGGGCGGGGCGGCCCCGCCCUAGCGGGCCCGAAAUGGCGGCGGCGGCCCUGACCCGUGAGGGCGGGGAGGAUGCGUUCCGCCGGCUCUUUCGCUUCUAUCGGCAGCGCGACGCGUCCGACCUGCGGGGCGUGGUGGACUUCUCUGCGCCGGGGGGCCAGGUGUUCAGAUCACAGCUCAGUAUUUCUUCAGUCAGUGAUCAAGAUGCCUACAGAGCAGGAUUACAGCCAGUUAGCCAGUGGAAAGCCUAUGGACUCAGUGGGUAUCCAGGGUUUAUUUUCAUACCAAACCCUUUCCUUCCUGGCUGCCAGCGUCACUGGGUGAAGCAGUGUCUCAAGCUAUACCCUGAGAAACCCAAUGUCUGCAACCUGCACCUGCACAUGGCUCCUGAGAAGACCACUGACCUGUGGGGACAGAGCAAGGAGCAGCUGAGAAGGAAAGGUUCCAGUAAAUGGGAGCCCAGGAGCCUAUUGGAGAAGCUGCGCUGGGUGACCCUUGGUUACCAUUAUAACUGGGAUACUAAGAAGUACUCAGCAAAUCACCACACUCCUUUCCCCUCAGACCUUGCAUUCCUAUCAGAGCAAGUGGCUGCAGCCUGUGGGUUUCGGGGUUUCCAGGCCCAAGCAGGGAUCUUGAACUACUAUCAUUUUGACUCUUCACUGGGAAUUCAUGUGGAUGAGUCUGAACUAGACCAUUCUCGGCCCCUGUUAUCAUUCAGCUUUGGGCAAUCCUCGAUAUUUUUGCUGGGGGGCCUGAAGCGGGAGGAGGCGCCGACAGCGAUGUUCAUGCACAGCGGGGAUAUCAUGGUGAUGUCUGGCUUCAGCCGCCUGCUGUACCACGCUGUCCCCCGGGUCCUGCCCAACCCUGAGGGGACAGCUCUGCCUUCCUGCCUCGACCAAGCUCUUUCUUCAGACCUUCCUGCUGGCUCAGUCAUUGAGCACAGCUCUGAUGAGGACUGGCAGGUGUGUGCCAAGUACCUGCAGUCCUCCCGCAUCAACAUGACUAUUCGACAGGUGUUGGCUGAGGGCCAGAAAUUUCCAGAGGAAUCUGGGACAAAUGGAAAGGGCCAAGCACCCUCUGAAGACAGUUAUCAUGAGAACAGCAAAGCCAAAAGACACAAACCAAACAGAGUCAGCUGAGACCAGGCCAUCAUACUGACAUGGACCAGACAGGCAAUCUCCCUAUGGAAUUAGGAACUGGCUUAAUACUGGAAAUACUUGUCUGUAUUGUGGUUAAUAAACUUGUGCAGAAUAAAUGUAGUCCUUCUUGCUGUAAUAAAUAGGUAGGAGGAGAAAAGGAAUGUCAGAGGAAAAGAAGGAUAAGUUUGGGACUGGGACUCAGGAGAUUAACUCUAUUGGCAUUUUGUUGCAAAUGUUUACUGUACUCUGUUUCCUUUAAAAUACCUGUAUGUCAGAGAACUUUAAGCUUGGUUAAGCUUGAAUGGUUUAAGCUUUCAGCGAAGCUUGGUUUAAGCUUUAAGAGUGAUGCUUAUAAAAUAUUUUGAAAUCUUUGGGCAGAGAGUGUUAGCAGAAGAUACAUAAUUGCAAUGUGAUAGAGAAUCCUGUUGGGCUUGUAAAGCUCAGCUGAAGCAAAGUAACAAAUAUGUAUGACAGUAGGCUGCUAUGGGUGUAAGACCUACCUGCAGCAUUUUCAAGGUAAUUACUUCUACAGCAAAAAUGGGUUCAGUGGUCAGAAACUGGCAGCUCCCUCAAGCAACACCUGCUGUAAGCUUUUGUAGUCCAGUGCUCUCCUUUUGCCUGCUUGCAUCCCCUCAGCUGCAGCAGAAUCUGCUUUUAUGAAUGGUACUGAACAUCUUAUCUCAGAUUUUAGAGAGAAACAGUUGGGAGCACUAUCUAUGUAGAAUAUCUAGUAGCUCCCAACUGGGUCUCCUCCAUAUGUGACUGAGCCCAAUAUCACCGUUCUUUCAAAACUGCCCUCUCCUAAGUGCCUGUGUGUUACAGUUCUCCAGUCCCAAGCUAGCAUUUAUAAGGAGCAGGAUGACUUGCAAAUAAAAGCAAUGAAGCUGUAAAUUAAGUACCUAAAAAAUUAAUCACUGACUAUCUCUGUCACCCAAAGAUAAAUAUAUUGAAACAAAGAAAAGCACUAGCUUUUGUGCUAGUUCUUUUUAAGAUUCAGACCAUCCUAUCUACUUUUUAAUGCAAUUUUAAUUGUUGGAGUGGAAUGUGCUAUCCCUGGGGUAUUUUGUUGCACUUCCACAAUGAAUAAACUUACUUGGUUUUAAAUUAAAGAUCUCUAUCAGUUUUGGGCUGGCUAUUUUCUUCUUUUCUUUUUCUCCCUGUUAGUUGUUCCAGUGUAUUGUUAAUGCUGCUGUAUCUCCUGUGCAGUUCCCUCCAGGAUUCUUUUGGAUCUACUCCCUCUGCAAUCUGCCAGCUCCUGUGGAGGAGCCCUGCAUAUGUCUGUAGGGCUGCUUUGCUUAUGGGCAGCUCAGGGUUUGUUGGGCAGUUGCAGAGGGGUGUUGCCUGCAGUAUCAAAGUCCAAUUUAAUGCAUAUUUGACAGCUUUUCCUCAUGGGUAAAGUGUCUGGUCUGCUUAUUUCAUAGGAGGUGAAUGUGUGUUUGCAUGCAAUUAAUUCCUUAUACAAUACUGCAAGGAGUUCCAGUAACUUAAGGUCUAAAAUAAUCAGAUAUGAGUUUUAAUAUCUUAUUCUAUGCUAGAUGUGUGUCUUUUCUGUAGCCUGGGCCUGGUAUAUUUACAGCUGAGCCCUAGAAGAGUGAAUAUAUUAUGCAGAGAGGUUACAAUGUGACCAGAAAAGAAAUUUGACUGAGUCAAGCUCAGAAAACAGCAAAGUUCUCUUAGUGGCACCUGAAGAUGGAGAAGGAUGGAGAGGAAUAUCUGUUUUCCUAACUAAAAGGAUGACUGUUCUUCACUGUGGAGAAGGAAGCGAAGACUGUCCAACUCACUCCUCUCUGAUGAUGAGACAAGACAGAGUCAUGAAACUAGAAGGUGAACAGGAGCUGGUUUCUUCAUGUCAUAGGCUGAAUUGUAAGUCCAUGGUUUUCAUGGUCUUUUGUUCCCUAUGUAUAUAUUAUAAAUGAAAAGCAACCAUUUACUCCAGGAUUCAGUUGUUCCUGUGAUUCAAGGACAAGAAAGCAUACUGUUUACCCUCUGCAGUUAAAAAUUGUAGUAAAUACUGUGAACUACUGAUAGCAAUUGGCCAUGAGAAGUGUCCAGUCCAUUGAAGCCUUAUGUUUAGAUGUGACUGAGUUGAGAAUUUGCUGAGUUACUUGCAGUCAAGCUUUUUACUUAAUGCCAUUGUAAGACAUAAUUCUGUAUCAGACACCCAGAAAAUGAAAAGUCCAUGACCCAUAAAUGGAUAUAUGGGAAAUGACCCAGGAAAAAAAAAGCAUCCAUGUACCAUGAGAAACAACAAUAAGAAGAGAGAAUUUUCUGAACUGCCAGCCUAGCAGGAUCAUUGGUUCUGUGACCAGAGCAGAGGGGAGUACAAGUGAGCAAACCACAGGACUCCUGCAGGCUCUGCAAACUGUGCUUCCAGAAUAUAAUGUCAAAGAGUCAGUCAGUCCUGGGAAGAAGGCAGGGAGUACUGGGCUGCAUCCAGUAAUGUACUCAGGACCUAUUGACCUAUUCCACACAGCUUUCAGAGUCUGACAUUGGCACCGCAUUUGCUUGGGUUUGUGAUGACAUAAAAGAAUCUUUUCAUAGCACUGAUCAAAUUUUUGUAUCUAUAGGUGCCACAAAUAAUUGCUUGUGUUCAUAUAGGUGCAUGUUGAGAUAAUUUCUGUAGUUUGUAAUUCCUCUGAGGGAGAGAAGGGAAAAAACAGGACAUCUGGACCAAUUCUGCAAGAAAAUUUAUGUAAUGAGUUGAUUACAGGAAGAUAAGCAUGUGUUUCUUUCAAAGCCACCUGGAAAUGAAACACAUUGUUUACCACAUGUAUGCUGUUCAUUAUGUGAUCUAUAGAUAAAGCUAGCUGUCCAACAA